AGGAUCAUUUACUUAAUGGUGCUAUACAUUCUGAUAGAGUUGGAAAUGGAAGCCAGUAAAGAGUGUAAUGUUGUUGGAGAAGGAAGAUCAAACAAUUGGUUUAACAACAUAUUAACGGAAAGGCUUAAGCCAUAUCUCUUUUGUAUAGUUAUUUCUUUCUUCCAAGGAGGAUCCAGUAUAGUCUCCAAGAUUUGCUUAGACCAUGGCAUGAGUCGUUAUGUUCUUGCGGUCUAUGCAGGUGCUUUUGGAACUGUAACUACAGCUGCUCUAGCACUAAUCUUUGAAAGGAAAAAUGAAAGCAAGCUCUGUGCAGAAGUCUGCUUAUAUAUCUUCCUUCUUGGUUUGAUAGGAGUUUUGGGUAGAAUAUCGUUCUAUACGGGUCUGCAGUACACUUCAACAGUUUUUGCAGCUGCCAUGAGCAACUUAACUCCAUCAAUGACCUUUCUUCUGGCAGUUUUCUGCAGGAUGGAGAAAUUAGACAUUGCCAAGAUCAGUGGCCAAGCAAAGAUUGGAGGAACAAUAGUUGCACUAGGUGGUGCAACUCUGAUGACCUUAUACAAGGGCAUUACUGUUCUUCAACUGGAUGAUCACCAUACUAAUCAGCAAACUGUAUCAGAAGUGCACUUAGAUAAUAAGAAGUUGAUGAAGGGUGCCCCUUUUCUUCUUAUUCAAACACUUAUAGCAGCAGGAUGCUACAUUUUACAGACAAAAAUAGUGAAGAAGUAUCCAGCUCCUUUUACCUUCUCCACAUUAACAAGCCUAGCAGCGACUAUCUUUUCAACAAUCUUAGCAGCAAUUGUAGAUCAUAAAGCUUCAUCAUGGAAAUUGUCAUGGAAUAUCUCUCUUGUUGCUCCUCUUUAUAGUGGCACUAUCAUGUCUGGAAUUGUGAGUUACAUACAAACUCUGGUGAUACAAAGAAAGGGUCCUGUUUUUGUGACUGCAUUUAAGCCAUUCACAACAGUAACUGUAGCUCUUAUGGGACCUUUCAUUUUAAAAGAGGCAUUGCAUUUAGGAGGGAUACUAGGGGCUGUUUUGAUAAUCCUUGGCUUGUAUGCAAUUCUAUGGGGAAAGGAAGAUGAGAAAAAGAAAAGUCAGGUGCAAUCUGCAACAUCUGAUCAAGUUCUUGACAUUAGGGAAGAGAAGUAAAUUAAUUAGAACUUUUUCAACACUAGACACCUCUACAUUUUUUUUUUUUUUUUUUUU